AUGGGCGUGCAGCCCCCCAACUUCUCGUGGGUGCUCCCGGGCCGGCUGGCGGGGCUGGCGCUGCCGCGGCUCCCCGCGCACUACCAGUUCCUGUGGGACCAGGGCGUGCGGCACCUGGUGUCCCUGACGGAGCGCGGGCCCCCGCACAGCGACAGCUGCCCCGGCCUCACGCGGCACCGGCUGCGCGUCCCGGACUUCUGCCCGCCGGCCCCCGAGCAGAUCGACCGCUUCGUGCGGAUAGUGGACGAGGCCAACGCGCGCGGGGAGGCCGUGGGGGUGCACUGCGCCCUGGGCUUCGGCCGCACGGGCACCAUGCUGGCCUGCUACCUGGUGAAGGAGCGGGGCCUGGCUGCCGCAGAUGCCGUCGCUGAAAUCCGGCGCCUUCGACCCGGCUCCAUCGAGACGUACGAUCAGGAGAAAGCCGUCUUCCAGUUCUACCAGCGGACUAAAUAAACUGAGGUUCAUCGAGCUGGCUGAGUUGCCCAGUACCUCACAACUGCAGUGAAGGACCUGGGGUCAAAUCCAGACGUCCCAUCUGCCAGGACCAACCCCCAGCCCCAGCGACACGGGGCAGUCUGUCUUCACAGUCAGAGCUUGGCGUCGAGGGCCAUCUUAUCAACUCAGCCUCCGAUGUCCCCUCUCUCCAUCCUCCUAGGAGGCCAGAGAAUAAACAUCUGACUGAGGCCAACACAUCUGAGCUCUGGGCGGUGCUUUAAGAUGCAGCCCAAGCAUUUACAUCCUGAAUAGUGAGGCUGAUGCAUCAGGUGACUCUGUCACGUCCACCACUACCUAACUCAGAACAGGCAUUGUCCUCACCCAGCACAACAAUCUUGAGGUACACGUGAACGGCACUAAGCCCUUGCAAAUGUGUUUUUGUGUCUGAUGAUUUAUUAAAAACUCCAAUAUC